AUGAAAACGUUGUAUUUCAUUUGCGCACUAUACUUUCUCAUGGACUUGGCUAAAUGUCAAAAUCGUUUUCGGAUUUUCUUCGAUGAGUUUGCGAUCAAGUAUAAGCUGCCGGAUGUGUUUGAGAAAAUGGAUUGCAAUUUGUUUCAGUCGAAUAAUCGAAGCUACGUCAACGCCGAAAUGAUAUUGAAAAAGGAAGUCGCAGAUUUGAAUGUUCGUGCACUAAUGGAGUUCUGGAAGCCGAACGCGAAAACUAAAUUGAAAUUGUACGAUGUUCGAAUGGAUGGGUGUCUCAUACUUCGAACUAUGAACAAAAAUAAACUGUUCUACUUCUUUGUGAAGAGCUUUAAGAAACACUCCAACGUUCUUUUGUCGUGUCCCUUUAAAGCGAAUUUAACCUACAAAAUGAAUGAUUGGUUUUUGGAUGAAGAGGACCUACCACAGUUUGUUCCUGUUGGCGAAUUCCGUACGGUCACCGAAUACUUUAAUCAACAACGAUUGAUAAUACGUGUUGUGGCACAUGGGGGAAUUUUGCCCAAAUCAUAA